UUCACAAACAUGGCAACAGAAACAAGAGUUCAUUCAAGUCUUGUGGCUUUAAGGCGUACAAAGCCCCGAAUGCGUUAGAUAAUGCUAUACGAACGUUUAGCAUACGAAGGACGACAACGAUAUAAACUUAUUUCGUUUGGUUAUUCCAUUCUGAUCAGACGUCCAAAGCACUAUGGCUCACAUUGCUGAUAAUUCCUUAACCAAACUGUUUAAUCUGCGGGUGCUGAGCAGCCUCGCGUUCGUUAUACGUUUACUUCUGGUCGGCUAUGGGGUUUAUCAAGACAAAACCAUGGUGGUCAAAUACACUGACAUUGACUAUCACGUGUUCACAGAUGCUUCAAGGUUUGUGACACAGAGCGAGUCUCCAUACAACAGGUCCACCUACCGCUACACUCCACUCCUCGCGUGGAUGCUGUUGCCCAAUAUCUAUGCAACCCCACACUUUGGGAAGCUGCUGUUUGUCACUUGUGAUGUACUCUCAGGGGUCUUGUUGUACCACAUCUUGUGUCUUCGAGGUUUAUCCAGUGAUGCAGCCUGUCGUUUCUGUGCUCUCUGGCUGCUUAACCCUUUACCGAUAGGUGUGUCCACACGUGGGAGCGCUGAGGCACUGUUGUCUCUUUUGGUCCUCUCCACACUCCUGUGUCUUGAACUAAAGAGACUUUUUAUGGCAGCAUUUUUCUAUGGACUGUCUGUCCAUAUGAAAAUCUACCCUGUAACAUAUGCCCUUCCCAUCGCUCUCUACAUAUCAACUCAUGGGAAGUUGGAGGCUCAGAAGAGAGAUGUUUUCAGGAUAUUGCAAAGGCUUUUCAAUAAGGAAUUGGUCCUGUUCGCAGCUGUGGCAGGAGCUGUGUUUUUCGGGCUAACUUCAGCCUUUUAUCUCUUGUAUGGCUGGGAUUCCCUUCAUGAAACCUACCUCUAUCAUUUAACAAGACGGGACAUCCGUCAUAAUUUCUCUCCCUACUUCUACAUGAUUUACUUGACAGCGGAGAGUGAAUGGAGCUUGGUAUUGGGCCUGGUGUCCUUCCUACCCCAGCUUGUCCUCGUGCUCCUCACCUCUCUGGCCUUCUAUGCGGACUUGCCAUUCUGCUGCUUUCUCAACACAGCCAUUUUUGUCAGCUUCAACAAAGUCUGCACCUCACAGUAUUUUCUGUGGUACCUGUGUUUCCUGCCACUCAUUCUGCCAUGUUUGAGGCUCUCUAUAAAGCAAGGGAUUGGACUUCUACUGCUGUGGUUUGCUGGCCAGGGUUUGUGGCUGAUGCCAGCCUACUACUUGGAGUUUGAAGGACACAAUACAUUUGUGUACAUUUGGUUGGCUGGUCUGCUGUUUCUCUUCAACAACUCGUUUAUAAUGGUCCAGAUCAUCUCCCACUACAUACCAGAGACAGUCCAGCGAAGAAAAAAAAAUGAAUAAAAGACCACUGUGAAUAAAUCGUUGUGUAAUGAGGCUGUCUUUGUCUGUCUGCCUCAGAUUGUGAAGCACUAUUAUAAGAAUCCCCUUUCUUUUACUUCUGAUACCUACAUGCAGUGGAUAUGUACAGUACUACGCAAAAGUCGAAGACCACCUUUUUUAGUAAUGUCUUCUUCACAGCUACACAUUUCAGACCCUUAGGUUAAGUUGUCCUUAGCGUUGAGUGGUCCACCAGGUCUAGAAAGUAUUUUCCCAUUUGAACUGCAUAUUGGAAACUCCUGUUUUUUAUGACUAAUAAGUUUUUAAUACUUAUUUUUCCUUUGACUAUUCCUUAUGAAAGUGGAUUACCAUGUUUCUAAUCUCCUCUCCUUACUGUCGGUGCACUUCCCAAAACUCUUGACGUAAUUCUCAAAAUGGUGCCUCAAAACUCACAGGAUUUAUCACAUUUCUAUUUAUUUCAUUUCUCUUUGAAUGCAAAAGAAUAAAUGCACUUCUUCUUAAACACACUUUUGGUUUACAUAUGCGCCUUUAUAAAAAUAAAUGCCCAAUAAAAAGCCCAACAAACAAUGCAGCAUAAAAUCAUGCAGAACAAUGAGGUGCCAGAGCUUUUGCAGGUAACACGUACACCUCCAAAGUUCAGUGUUAGGCAUCAUUUGCAUUUUCUGCUUGUCAUGAUCCAAGCAAUCCCAUUCUAUAACACAUUCAAUUACAUUAAAGGAGAGUGAUACAGAUGGAGCUUGGUUAUACAAAUUCAACACCGUCAUAAAACAAACUCUGCGAAAUAACCUUGUGCUUCCAACUCAGCGAACAACACUGAUGACUUUUGCCAGCUAAUAUUAAUACAUUU